GCCGCGCGCGCGUACACAUUUCUCCACCUCGCACUCUCUCCCUACGCCCCAAAUAGUGAGCGAGACACAGAGAGCGCGCCCAGCCCGUCCGCACCCACGCACACACCUGGUCACGCAGGAGGGAGAUGAGCUGCGCGCGACGGGGGAAGUGGGAGGUGGAAGAGAGCGCGAGAGCUGGGCGGGAGAAUUACCUGUCACCCCCCCAACACACACACACUCCGCCCCCACCCUCACUCACCACCUGACAGCCCCGUACAGGUCUGACCAGGCGGCGCCGCCGGCGUUAUCGCUGCUACCUAUUAGUGCAUAGGAGGAGGGGGCGGCCCGGGGUGUGUGUGUAUAUAUCAGGGCAGCAGUGUGUAUGGUGCUAAUGUGUGCCUACCUGAUGGUGAGUGACAUCUGCUCCCUGUCCUGCCCUCCCCGCACUGGGGUAGAUGCGUGCCCUCGGGGUGCAGGUCACUCCUACUGCUUGGCUACCCUGUUCUGUGGUGACGAUAUAUAGUGCCCCAUCGUGGGGAGAAUAUUGCUACCGACCUGGGCCUAGUAAGGGACACUGAAUUUGGGCACAGUUUGCCCCAUCCCCUGAGCUUGUCUUGUUACCCCCUGGGGUAUUCAGAUUUUGUCCUGGGACAUCCCAAGCCUCUCCAGCCAUAUCUAGGUAUAUAAAGAGCGAUUUGUGAACAAAUGUAAAACUAGAGAUCUUUUAUAGUUGUUGUUGCUGCUGCCAUCUAAGCCCCUCUGGGAGCUAAGUGCUGCCCAUUACACCUCCUAUCAGACUUUGGAUAGAUUUGUAAGAACACUUUAAAUCUUGCAUUAUUAUGCUGAAAAAUAAAAGUCUAUCUGCGCGCGCAGUUAUAAAUUAAUGUAGGAUUGUUUUGCCGAUUGAAUCUCUCCCUGAGUGCAUUUAUUGUCUGGUUCAGUACAUAUCCACUCUGGUGUCGCUGAUGGCCAUUUGCUCCCCCUCUCUGUAGCUGGUACUUUACGUCAAACAAGCAUCAAGUUUAAUCAAGUUUAAUCCUUUUGACCAAUGCUGUUCUCCACACGGAUGUACCAUUAAGUAAAAUGUCCGCUCGGAAUCCGCUACCGACUGUGAAUGAACGUGAUGCUGACCAAAUCAUACUUCUUUCUCCUGGAAUGUAGAAUAACAAGAUUGUCCUGCAAGAUGCAUGUGUUUUAUGAAGUUGGUAAAAGUUGUGUUACAGCCAACCUUGGGUCACGCAGACUCAAAGACGAGCAGUGGGGGUAGCAACAGCAAACCCAAUAUGCUGAGAUGUCGCACAUCAAUUCCAACCUCUGCAGAUGAGCAACCACAUAUCGGAAACUAUCGUCUCCUCAAAACCAUCGGCAAAGGCAAUUUUGCCAAGGUCAAAUUAGCACGCCAUGUUCUAACUGGGAAAGAGGUCGCAGUAAAAAUUAUAGACAAAACACAGAUGAAUAGUUCUAGUUUGCAGAAGCUCUUCAGAGAAGUGAAAAUCAUGAAGGUUCUGAACCACCCUAACAUAGUCAAAUUAUUUGAGGUUAUAGAAACUGAGAAGACAUUGUACCUGGUCAUGGAAUAUGCUAGUGGAGGUGAGGUGUUUGAUUAUUUGGUUGCUCACGGAAGGAUGAAAGAAAAGGAGGCACGUUCUAAGUUCCGGCAGAUUGUUUCUGCCGUUCAGUAUUGUCAUCAGAAGCUUAUAGUACACAGGGAUCUGAAGGCUGAGAACCUGCUGCUAGACUCUGAUAUGAACAUAAAGAUUGCUGACUUUGGCUUUAGCAACCAAUUCACUUUUGGGAACAAGCUGGAUACGUUCUGUGGGAGCCCGCCUUAUGCAGCCCCUGAGCUCUUCCAGGGAAAGAAGUAUGAUGGGCCUGAGGUGGAUGUUUGGAGCCUUGGAGUUAUCCUUUAUACAUUAGUCAGUGGUUCUUUACCUUUUGACGGGCAGAACCUAAAGGAGCUGCGAGAGCGUGUGUUAAGGGGCAAAUAUCGCAUACCUUUCUACAUGUCUACAGAUUGUGAGAACCUGCUGAAAAAAUUCCUCAUAUUAAACCCAAGCAAGAGGGGUACACUGGAGCAAAUCAUGAGGGAUCGCUGGAUGAACGUGGGACACGAAGAUGAUGAGCUGAAACCAUAUAUUGAGCCAGUUCCAGACUACAAGGAUCCCAGAAGGACAGAGUUAAUGGUAACUAUGGGCUACUCCCAGGAAGAAAUCAAGGACUCUCUUAUUGGCCAGAAAUAUAAUGAGGUCAUGGCAACCUACCUGCUGCUUGGGUACAAGUCCUCCGAGUUGGACAAUGACAACAUGACCCUAAAGCCUAGACCGCCUCCAGACAUUACAAACAGCACAGCUGCUUCACCUGCUAACAAGGUGCACAGAAGUGUAUCUGCCAAUACCAAGCAGAGGAGGCUCAGCGACCAGGUUGGGUCAGUUAUCCCCACAUCAAAUUCCUACUCCAAAAAAACCCAAUGUAACAAUGCAGAGAACAAACGACCGGAUGAGGAACGAGAAAGUGGACGCAAGUCCAGCAGCACUGUUAGGGUGCCACCAAGUCCCUUGUCUGGGCUGGAGAGGAAGAGAACCACUCCAACGCCAUCUACGAACAGUGUAUUAUCCACUGGCACCAAUCGUAGUCGCAAUUCCCCUAUGCUAGAGAGAUCCAACCUUGGACCAGGAUCAGUUCAGAAUGGCAAGGAUAGCUUUUCCACGCCUGGCUCCCGUGCCUCCACCGCUUCUGCCCCAGCCACCUCAGCCCGGACCCGUCAGCAUCAGAAAUCCAUGUCCACCUCUAUGCAUCCUUCAAAACCCACACCUUCCUUGGAGGGCAACUGUGACAGACCAAGCACAGCCCCCCAAAGAGUCCCUGUUGCAUCGCCAUCAGCUCACAACAUCAGCAGUGCUGCCACAGAAAGGACCAACUUCCCGCGUGGAGUAUCCAGUAGAAGCACUUUCCAUGCUGGUCAGAUUCGUCAGGCUCGGGACCAGCAGAACUUGCAAUUUGGAGGCGUCACACCAGCCUCUCCGUCUGGCAACAGCCAAGGACGGCGGGGGGCAACUGGGAACCUCUUCAGCAAAUUCACAUCCAAGUUCGUACGCAGAAAUCUGUCUUUCAGAUUUCCCAGAAGGAACCCAAAUGAACCAGAAGGGAAAGAACGAGUGGAGAGCACCAGACCUCACCUGACUGUGCCCGAGAAGGAGAAAGAUGACUUGAGGGACUCCAAGCCACGCUCUCUGCGCUUUACAUGGAGCAUGAAAACCACCAGCUCAAUGGAGCCCAAUGAGAUGAUGAAUGAAAUCCGCAAGGUGCUAGAUGCCAACAGCUGCGAACAUGAAUCACAAGAAAAGUACAUGCUGCUCUGUGUCCAUGGCUCUCCAGGUCAUGACAGCUAUGUACAGUGGGAGAUGGAAGUGUGCAAGCUUCCUCGUCUCUCCCUCAACGGUGUGCGCUUCAAAAGAAUUACUGGCACCUCUAUGGCGUUUAAGAACAUUGCCUCCAAAAUUGCCAACGAACUAAAACUUUAACAGGGUUCCUGCUCUGUAAGGGAAAGAGACAAAACAGCAAAAUUAGACUCUCACAGGCACCCUGUCCUCAGCUUGCCCAGCACUCUUACCCAAGAGGAUACAGGAAAUUCCAUUUUGUUUCUCCUUGCUGGCACAUCCUGGAAGGGCAGAGCAGGGAGUAAGGAUGGAGACGGGCAGGGUGCCAGGGAAUAACUACUGCUCCUUUCAUUGUAGGUUUUGAGGGUAUUUUAUUUGAAAUAGAUUUAUAAUUUUUUUUUUUUUCCGAUUGGGGAUGGGACACAGAUUAUCUAAUAGACUUAUAGGAGUAAGCAUUGUAGAAUGAGAGCAUAGAAUGUUUGCCCCUCCCAUAAAUGUGUCACCUGUAUAAUACUGUUAUUUCUGGUACAGUUUAUAUAUCAGAAGAUGAGAUAUUUAAAGGAGUAUUCUUUUUACGCCCUCUUUUUUUUUCGUCGUCAUCUUUCUUUACAGAUAACAGUUCCAAGUUGCAUUGUAUAGAAGGAGUUUAAAAAUGUCUUAGACACUGAACUAAUAGCUCAGGGUGCCCGUAAUGCCACAGGUACACGUAGAGGCAAACACCACGGGCCCAGAUGUAAUAGCGUCCGAGUUUGCCAGAGGUGAAGGAUGCCGCCCGAACUCAUACAUUUUUACAAGGUAUGGUUUUGCCUUGUAAUUGAUUGCCCCUUUAAAAAAAAAACAUCCGAGUUUGGCCGGCAUCCUGCACCACCGGCAAACUCAGCCGCUAUUACAUCUGGCCCCAUAUCGGGGACGUUUGUGUGAGUAGCCAUAUUUGUGCUGUAUGGAGGAAACCUAGUGGGCUGCCAAUAAUUGUUUUGGGGGUUUUCUUGUGUUUAUUUUUUAUUUUUUUGUUUAUUUUUAGCUGCAUCUGAGAGUUAUCAGCUGGUGUUUAACUGCAGCAAUCAGUGGUUGGUACAUCUUCAGUUACUUGGUGGUACAAUAAUACAGACAACUCUUCCGCUCCAAAUAUACGUAAUGUCUUUCUCUUGUUUCUAUUUCACUCUUCUCCAGCUCAGAGUUGCCUUCAUUUUUCUCCUGUUUUGUAUACACUGACAUGCAUUGGAUUGAAAUGUUGAUUUACACACAUUUCUCAUGAAAAGGAACAUCACCGGAGCCCACUAGGAUUUUCUCCUACUUGUUAAUGUUCCCACAAUUUCUACAACUUUAGCAGCAUGGCAACACACCAUUACUAUGUUGGAAUAUAUAGAUUGCACAUCUUUAGACACUUGUAUGAAGGGCAGGAAUUGUCUGCAACACUCACCAUGUAUAUAUCUGUCUGUAGAUAGAUCUGAAUCCAGGAAUGUAUCCAUCAAAUACUAGGAGUAUUGGAAAUAGAUGAAGGGAGACAACCUUACUGAGGGAAGCAUACUAUAUCAGACUUGGCAACCCCUCAGCUGCAGUGCUGGGCUGUAUCUGUUGUAUAUAUCAAGUGCGUGACUCCCAGCAGCAGCUGAGAAGUGAUGCGGUUUCCAUGGUCCUUUGUGGUCAGUGAUCACUUGCUAGCGUUAUGGUUUAUUUUGUUUUUAUUUUCCCUUUUGUGUGAAUGAUUUCAUUGCUGUUUGAAGAAAAGAAAAAAAAACUGGUGACAAUGA